AUGGCCGACGACGAACGGGAUAAAGACAAACAAAAAUUUAUUCAACGUCAGAAUAAUGAGCAGCAAACCAUAACCCGAUGUGGUAAUAACCAUAUCGAAGAUUAUCAGAAAAAUCGUACUAAUUCAUCAAAAACUCGUGAUGGAGAUCCUUCCAUGAUUCGAGAUAAAUGUGAAUCACCUAAAUAUUAUGUGUAUGAGCAAACCAAAUCCGAUGGGAACGAACUUCUCGAUAUAAGAAAUAAAAAUCAAACAUAUCAGACAGAUCCGAUAUCCUCAUCCAACGGAAAAGAAGGAAAGUCAAAAAAACGUACAAGUUGUUUCAAGAGUGGCAAAAGCCAAGUUUCUCAUGUAAUCUUCAAACAUCAGUCUGAUCCAGCUGUGUUGAGUGCUGCAGUUGGUGAAGAUGAAAAAGAUACGAUACAAAUCCAAAGUUCAACGAAAACUAAAGCAGAAAAAGAGCAAAUGAGGCAACUCAUGAGUUGGGAAGAACGUAAAACAUUUAAACGGUUGACUUCCAGAAGACUAUCGCUUGAGCAACGGGACUUUGCAGACGAUUAG